AAUAAGUGGUGUAAAAUGCUGACACGGACUUCCUCUCAGGAUGGGAGUCACAUGAUGAGGUCAAACUACACUUCAGAUGAGAAGGGAUUUCGAACAACACAAGAUCGAGGGUAUUCAAAUCUAAUAUCGAGAACAGCAUCAGCAAACACCAACAAAUACAGUAGCAAUGAGUUUGAAAGCCUUCACGCAAGUGCAAGUCUAUGAGAAACUUCCCAACCCUAAAGGAAAAGACAAAUUUUGCAUCCAUAGCCUGGAGUGCUAUGACAGAAAUAUAUACAUCGGAACCAAAGACUCAUUGGUCCAACACCUUAUCCUACCCAGCACCAGUGACUCAAAGUACUCCAGUCAAAGUCCUCGGGAGGGGAGGGUGAAACUGCUCGGCUCAAGCAGCCCAGUCACCCAAUUAAGGGUGAUACCGGUUCUCAAUCACCUUCUGGUUCUGUGGGAUCGUUCUGUCAGCGCCCUCAACAUGUUCUCCCUAGAACCCCUCCCUUUCCUGAAGCGGAUCCAACACGUGUCUUUCUUUGACGUGUGUGAAUCGGCACGGUCAAUCUCACCGCAGUCUGUGUGUGUGGAGCUGGUGACAGCCUCUAGCAGGAGCAGAGUGGUCCGGAUCCAUGUUGUGGGGGUGGAGAGAUGGGAUUGUGUUAAAGAGGUGUCUCUACCCCAGGACCCUGUGGCCUUAGCUGUGGAUGAUAACACUUUGUGUGUGGCCACCAGGGACAGGUAUUUCCUCCACGACCACAAGAGUGGAAGCACCGUUGAUCUCUUCCCUCACAACCUGAGCAGGCAGAAUAUAAUUGUGAGCACCGCAGGAAAAGGGGAAUUCCUUUUAAAUGGGCCCGGCUCCUUGGGCAUGUUUGUCAUGAAGAAUGGCAUAUGCCAGCGGCCUCCAGUGCAGUGGUCUGAGGAGCUGUUGGCAGCGGUGGUGUGUUACCCCUACAUCCUGGCCCUGCAGCCUCAGGCUCUCUAUGUCUACAGUAUGGUGGAUCAGCAUCUCAAACAGACUGUGCCUCUGCUUAGGGCCAGAGGCCUACUCUCUACAACAGAGGGUGUGUACAUUUUUAUGGAGAGAGAGAUCCUCGGUUUGUCCCCUGUACCAUUUGAGGAGCAGAUCCAAACCCUGGUAAGGUAUAAGAGAGUGGAGGAAGCAUUGGGACUGCUUGGUGGAGUUCAAGCUCAUCUUCCACAGGUUUCUUACAAGGAGCUGCAUAAGAUCCUCACUUGCAUGGAUGGAUUCACUAAAUUCUACCAGGAGUCUUUUUCAGAGGCCAAAGAACUUUUUAUCAAAGGUGAGUUGGACCCUAGAGAAAUCAUCAGCUUGUAUCCAGAGAUGGAGCCACUCUGUGAGACCUUUCAUUCCCAGCUGGUCAAAGUGAACAAUGCAAAGGAGCUCUUGGCACUACGGCAAGAGGACAGGACCACAUUUCAACCGUAUCUAGACUUCCUGGGCGAUUUCCUGAGGGUGGUUCGAGGGACGAAGCAGGGAGUUGAGUGCAGUGAGGAUAUCGAUACUGCACAACUGAGAAUAUACACAGAGCAAGGUGACAGAGAAGACCUGGACGCGCUUGUGUCCUCUCCCAAUUCCUGCUCAAUCGACAAAUGUGUGCCUCUCCUUGAGCGGCACAAGAGAUUUUUCACACUUGGAUUACUCUACCAGAGUCAUGGUCACCAUAUCAAAGCAAUCCAGACUUGGGUGAAGAUUACCGAUGGGCAAUAUGAAGACAGCUCAUGUUCAAAUGUGUAUGAGCACAUUGUGAGAACUCUCAGUCGACUAAAACAGAGAGAUGUUGUUUGGACGUUUGCAGACUGGGCUCUCCAAAGAAACCAGGAGGUUGGAAUACAGAUUUUCACAAAAAGAGAUCCAGAAGACCAAGACACAUUUGCACAGGACGAUGUCCUCGCUUUUUUAAAGAAGUACUCUCUAGCUUUGAUGUUGUUCCUGGAAUUUUUGGUCCAUGAUUUGAAAAGCGAGGAGGAGAAGCAUCAUACACUUUUGGCCACCACAUAUGUCACCCAGAUACUCAGAGCCUUGCAGAAUGGAAAGGGUACGGAUUCAGAUGGAGGAAUGACCAGAGAUAAACUGCAACAGUUGCUGUGGCAGUCUUCCCUCUAUGACACCAUGACAGUACAUGAGGCCAUCCGGCCGACAGUCCUGCACAUAGAGCAGGCCAUCCUGCUCGGGAGAGAUGGUGACCACUAUCAGGCCCUACAGACCUUGGUCCACAAAGAGAGAGACCUCCAGGUUGCAGGGGCCUACUGCAGGAGGGCUACUGGAUGGCAGGGAAGGGAACUGGAACACACCCUUUUCCUCACCCUGCUCCAGAUCUACCUGGGCUCCAAUGAGCUAGCGAGUGCAGCUGUGGACCUGUUGAAUGCCAAUGCUGCUGCUUUUGACCUGGAAAUAGUCCUCCAGGUUCUGCCGGAUUCCUGGUCUGUUCAGCUGGUCUCCCAGUUCCUGUUGGGGUCCCUUCGAGGGACUUUCCAUCAAAGACGAAUGGCAGGGGUAGAGAGGGGCCUGGCCCAGGUCGAACUCCUUAGACACAAGUACACUUGGGCCCAAGCCUCAACAAGAAUGCUGAAAUUGGAUAAGGGUCUGGUGUGCAAUACCUGCCAGAAGGAUCUCACAGAGCCAGAGUUUGUGUGUAGUCUUAGGGGUGAGCUGAUACACACUGACUGUGGAAGCUACACAGAGUAGCGUCCACAAAUCCAAUGCAAGUCAUUGGUACCGAUAUUAGCAUUUUCCCAUUUUAUGUCAAACUUCCUCUAUAAGUAGCUUCAUUCAGUUACACAAUCCAUUUUUAGAUACUUUAGGAUGAUUUGGAAAAAUGCGCGAAAAUGAUAAUAAUUAUAGGUACCGUUGUUUAUUUUAUUGAACCUUUAUUUAACUAGGCAAGUCAGUUAAGAAUAAAUUCUUAUUUACAAUGACGGCCUACCUGGGAACAGUGGGUUAACUACCUUGUUCAGGGGCAGAAUGACAGAUUUUUACCUUGUCACCUCGGGGAUUCGAUCCAGCAACCUUUCAGUUAUUGGCCCAACACUGACCACUAGGCUACCUGCCGCCCCAAAUCCAAUUAUUUGCAUUGAAUUUGUGCCACAACUGUUAAAAAGUUAGCAUUUGAAACAGUGGCCAGGGAAACAAAACCAAAGCAUGGAUUGCUGUCAUACCUUGUCUAUAGACUGCUUACAUGGAAAGAAAACUAAUAUGCCAUUUUGCAAUUAGGAUGAACUAUCCCUUUAAGGCAGCAACAUUUGACAGCUGUGCAAGGUGUGUGACGACUUCCACUAGGCACUGUGUCUGCUUCUUACCCAAUCAUUAGUUUCAAGUUUUAUGGUGAAUUCGCAAUCUUACUGGUCCAUAUACACUGAGUUAUACUAAACAUUAGGAACACCUCCUAAUAUUGAGUUGCAUUCCCUUCUGCCCUCAGAACAGCCUCAAUUCGUCAGGGCAUGGACUCUACUAGGUGUCGAAAGCCUUCCACAGGGAUGCUGGCCCAUGUUUACUCCAAUGCUUCCCACAGUUGUGUAAAUUGGCUGGAUGUCCUUUGGGUGGUGGACAAUUCUUGAUACACACAGGAAACUGUUGAGCGUGAAAAACCAAGCAGCAUUGCAGUUCUUGACACACUCAAACCGGUGCGCCAGGCAUCUACUACCAUACCCUGUUCAAAGGCACUUCAAUCUUUUGUCUUGCCCAUUCACCCUCUAAAUGGCACACAAACACAAUUCAUGUCUCAAUUGGCUUAAAAAUCCUUCUUGAACCUGUCCCCUCCCCUUCCUCUACACCAGUGGUUCCCAAAAUGUUUCUAUUCCCGUACCACUUCAAACAUUCAACCUCCAGCUGCGUACCCUCUCUAGCACCAUCAUUGUAAGCCUGCCACACACACACUAUACGAUACAUUUAUUAAACCUAAGAAUGAGUGUGAGUGUUUGUCACAACCCGGCUCGUGGAAAGUGACAAAGAGCUCUUGAAAGACCAGGGCACAAAUAAUAAUCGUCAAUCAUUUUCUUUCUUUGGUUAGCCAUCUUACAUAUAAAACCUUAUUUGUUAAUAAUCAAAAAUUGUGAUUAACUCACCCCAGGUUAAUGAGAAGGGUGUGCUUGAAAGGAUGCACAUAACUCUGCAAUGUUGGAUUGUAUUGGAGAGUCUCAGUCUUAAAUCCUUUUCCACACAGUCUGUAUUUCGUUUUCAUGCUAGCGAGGGCCAAGAAGCCACUCUCACAUAGGUACGUGGUUGCAAAGGGCAUCAGUGUCUUCACAGCACGAUUUGCCAAGGCAGAAUACUCCGAGUGCAGCCCAAUCUAGAAAUCUGGCAGUGGCUUCUGAUUAAAUUCAAAUUUUUGCAAUUAUAAUGAGGCUCUCUUGUUCAGAUAUCGGUAAGUGGACCGGAGGCAGGGCAUGAAAGGGAUAACAAAUCCAGUUGUUUGCGUCGUCCGUUUUUGGAAAGUACUUGUGUAAUUGCACACCUGUAAGGGCUGUCGUUCUCCUCUUCCUCGGACGAGGAGAGGAGAGAAGGAUCAGUGGACCAAUACGCAGCAUUUGGGAAAUAAGCCAUCUCUUUAUUUGAAACAACGGCAACACGAAAACAAACACUUACAAAAUUACAAAACAAGAAAACGAAGUAGACGAAAAC